AUCAACGUUACACGUCCAUGCUUCAAUCUGAAAUGGUGCGGUCGGGUAAAUAAAUAGUGCAGUGCGUCGUAGCUUACUUUAAUUGUAUUUGUUACCCUUUAGUGUUAUGAUAUCGAUAUUGUCACCAUCAGUAUAUUAGUUGUGUUAGCUAUACUACAGCCAGUAUGUUGACCGGAUGCCUGAGAAAAGGAAGUAAAUCCACCAGACUGAAGAUAGCACUCAUGCUCUUAGUAUUGAGUUGUCAAUUCGUCCAUGUUCUCAGCGAAAAAGUGAGUAAUGAAUGAGAUAAUGAUUUACCUAUACUAAUUGUUAUACUACUGUAUAAAUAUAUUGUUAAACAGUUUGUGUGUAGCCUAGCUGAGUUUGAUGAGAGUCUGUAGCCUACACGAGUCUGAUACAAUCCCCUGGCCCUGUAGUCUUCCUCUGCUCUGACUGUUGUGGAGAGUACUGAGACCAGCCUGGAUGAUGAGGAUGCCCACCACAUGGAGGAAGAGGGAGAUCCUGAGGAUUUGGAGGUGUUCCAUCCCACGGAUCAGUGGCAGACUCUCAAACCAGGUAAUUGUUUUGUUAAAGUAGAAAUGCACAGGUGUCUCAUGAAGUACACAUAGUAGUAAUACAUGUAUUUUUAGUUGUAUUUUAUUAAGAUCCCAUUAGCUAGUGCUAAAGCAGCAGCUACUCUUCCUGGGGUCCACACAAAACAUGACCUGACAUAAUACAGAACAUUAAUAGACAAGUACAGCACAAAGACAGAACUACAUACAUUUAAAAUAAGAAUACACCCGUUUAUACAUUUAUGCCUUAGCAUUCCAUGCAUCAUGUACUCAGUAUAACAGCAAGCCAUUUAUUUUCCCUUAUAUUGCAGUCCUUUGCUCUACUGUUACAAUUGCUUUGUCUAAGCAGGUCCUGAUAUCCUAAUCUCACAGCACCAGUUGUUCUGUAAACACCAGAGAGAAUCUCACAACAUCAUUACAUUUGACAUUUUAUGAACCAUCCGUGUCCUUGGUUCUUCCGUUGGCGUCAAUAAUAACAAUAUGAAUAAUCAUGUGAUUCAUAGAUGCCACAGAAUGCAAGUGCAACACACGGAAACAAGAAACGGCAUGGAGUAUUAAUGUAUAUGGCAGAAUCAAAAGUAUUCACUGUACAAUAUUGACAUCACUCAGGCCAGGCGGUCCCAAGGGGCUCUCACGUAAGGCUAAACCUCCAGACAGGACAGAGGGAGGUCAAACUUGGGGAACACCAGAUUCUCAAAUACCAGAUAGAUGGACAAAGGUAGGGAUCCUGUUGAAAUGUUUCUGUCAGUUGUAUGAAACACCAGAUUUUUUUUGCCAUAUAGCUAUUGUACAGUAGAGGGCCAUACUACGUUUGCUAGAGAUUACAUCAGACUCACCACAGAUGUUUUCUCUGUGAUUCAGACAGGGGAAGGAGAACACACCAGGCCCAUCCUUCAGUGCUGAGGAGCUGAAGAAGGCUCUGAAAAAUAUAAAAGAAGGAGUGGAUCCUGAAACUAGUGACAAAGAAGAGAAGGUACGGCCUGAUUUGAUGUGUCUGUAGUCUCUUUUCACGGUGGAGACAAGCGGCUAUGUAAAGAGACGAAUGCCUCUGUGAUCCCAUCUAUCUUUGAUUUCCCUCUCGGUCUGCAAACUAUUCGUUAUGGUUCUAGUGUGUUUCCCUGUGUGUUUAGGAGGCUCUCAGGGCCCAGUUUCGUCCCAUGGAGGAGCUGAAAAGAGACAUGGCCAAGCUGGACAUGCUGAUGGAGUCAGACUUCCAGGUUAUGAGCAGACUGGUGUCCCAAUUCAAUUGCUCAAAUGCCACUGUGGAGGAGAAGAUGAAAGCUCUACAUGACAUAGAGUACCUUGUUCAUCAGGUGAGCCCCCCCAGACUACAGUUAGGGAGUCAAUUAUGUACUAAUGAGGUGGGAGGCAAGGAGAUACUAAUGAGAUGGGAGGCAAGGAGAUACUAAUGAGGUGGGAGGCAAGGAGAUACUAAUGAGAUGGGAGGCAAGGAGAUACUAAUGAGGUGGGAGGCAAGGAGAUACGAAUGAGGUGGGAGGCAAGGAGAUACUAAUGAGGUGGGAGGCAAGGAGAUACUAAUGAGGUGGGAGGCAAGGAGAUACUAAUGAGGUGGGAGGCAAGGAGAUACUAAUGAGGUGGGAGGCAAUGAGAUACUAAUGAGGUGGGAGGCAAUGAUACAGUGCAUUCGGAAUGUAUUCAAGAAGACUCAAGGCUGUAAUCGCUGCCAAAGGUGUUUCAACAAAGUACUGAGUAAAGGGUCUGAAUACUUAUGUAAAAAAGGUAUUUCUGUUUUUUAUUUUGAAUAUUUUCAAAAAUGUCUAAAAAUCUGUUUUCGCUCUUUGUCAUUAUGGGGUGUUGUGUGUAGAUUGAGGACAAACAAUAAUUUAAUUCAUUUUAGAAUAAGGCUAUAACGUAACAAAAUGUGGAAAAAGGGAAGUGGUCUGAAUAGUUUCCGAAUGCACUGUAUACUAAUGAGAUGGGAGACAAUGAUAUACUAAUGGUUGGGGAAUAUAAAUUGUUGAGACAAUGAAAGAGAUACAUCGAUUUUUUUUAAAUGUUAACCUUUUCAUUUGAUUGUAGAAAUAACAUUAUAAUUAGUUUCCUUGUUAUCUGUGUUGUCAGGUGGACAAUGCACAGAACCUGGCAUCUAGGGGAGGAUUGAAGCUUGUGGUUGAUGCUUUGAACAGCACAGACUAUCGCCUUCAGGAGAGUGCUGCUUUCGUCUUGGGGUCAGCUCUGUCAAGGUAUAGCAGUCUCCAUUAACCCAUACGAACAGUCUAAUUGUAAAUACCAGCCAAAAGACAGAAUGUUUUUGUUUGUAUUUGUGUGUGUGUGUGUGUGUGUGUCAGUAACAUUGUCAUUCAUUAUAUUCUUUCUAGUAACCCAGUAGUGCAGGUGGAGGCAUUUGAAAGUGGUACCCUACAGAAGCUGUUAAUGUUACUCGCCACUCCACGACCCAUGUCUGUUAAAAAGAAGGCAAGUCUUGUUCCCAGUUCCCACAUAACCAAAUCCAUUCAUUAGUACUCUGAUUCUACAAUCAGUCCAGUAUAUGUAGCAGAGUUUAUAAUCCAGUAGGAGACCCUCUUUCAAUUUGCUCCGAUUUGAUAAACUUGGAAAUCAUAAUUCUCUUCCUGGCACUUUACUGAUGCUAAUGUUUGUCUGUAUACAGGCGUUGUUUGCUGUGGCCUCUUUGCUACGUCACUUCCCCUUUGCCCAAAGCCACUUCCUGAAGCUGGGUGGGCUGCAGGUGUUGGGGGAUAUUUUCCGAGCUUCCGGAGGUGGGGCUGUCCGUGUGCGGAUUGUAACCAUAAUCUAUGACAUGAUCAAUGAAAAGGUGAGGGGUGCUCUUUAAAUAAUUGCAAAGCUAAUCAUGUGAAAUCAAAUUAUGUGAAUAGCACAUUCUCUAUUCUAGGAGCUGAUCUCUCAGACUGGACUUGACCCCAUUCCAGAUGCUUCUCACAACGAGCGUUUGCGGCAGUACGCACAGGUCUCCCUCCAGCCACUGUUGGCAGAGCAGGGCUGGUGCAGCCUGGUGCCUGAACUGUUGGCCUCACCAGAGCACGACUGGAAGGAGAAGGCCCUGAGAACUAUCCUGGCCAUGAUGCCUCACUGCCAGACUCAAUAUCGGCAGGACAAUGCCCUGUCUUCCUCCCUCAGCGCCCUACAGGAGCAGUACCAGGAGCUGGUGCUCACAGAGCAGGUCCUCGGAGACGAGGAUGGAUACUUUGGGGAGAUCCUGGCCCUGUUGGAGACAGUGGUGCUGAAACUGAAGUGAGCAUAGGGCUGGGUGAAAAAACCCAUCAAAGGACAAUAAAAACAAGUCUGCAGUUCUGUAAUGUAACAUUUUUAUUUUGAGGCUGUGUGAUAUGAUCACACAUCUGCAAAUCACAAGGUUGCCUUUUAGUUGCUGCCUCAGAGGGCUUAGCCUUCCUUACACCUUUUUUCUACAUCUGUGAUGCAUCAUGCUUUGGCUUGUCUCAAAAUAAGGCUCUCCAGUCCUCCCUGAGGAAUACAUUUAGCUGGGCUAAAGGACAUUAUUUUCCCUUAUGACAUUUGUGUUUCUUAUUCACAGUGUGCUCUAUCGAUCUUCUUAGUGGAUUGCCCACUAAUGAGAGACUGGUGCCCAUGUGGGUGGCGGGUAGAGCAUUGGGUCAGUAACUGAAAGGUUACUAGUUCUAAUCCCGAGCUGACUAGGUAAAAAAGCUGCCGAUCUGAUCUGCCCAUGAGCAAGGCACUUAACC